GGAGCAAAUAUAUUCAGAUACCAUAGUUCAUAUCAUUUUCUGUUUUAAUGCUAUUUUCAUGAGCAAUUCCCUUCCUCCCUUGUUUUGCAGAGAUUCGAGCCCAGCUUAUUGAACAACUGAAAUGUCUUGAUCAGCAAUGUGAACUGAGAGUCCAACUGCUCCAAGAUUUGCAGGAUUUUUUUCGCAAGAAAGCUGAAAUUGAAAUGGAUUACUCCAGGAACUUAGAGAAGCUGGCUGAACGAUUUCUGGCAAAAACAAGGAGCACCAAAGACCAGCAAUUCAAGAAGGAUCAGAAUGUUCUUUCUCCGGUCAAUUGCUGGAACCUCCUCUUAAAUCAGGUGAAGAGAGAGAGCAGGGACCACACUACUUUGAGUGACAUCUAUUUGAACAAUAUAAUCCCUCGGUUUGUUCAAGUCAGUGAAGACUCUGGACGACUUUUCAAAAAGAGUAAAGAAGUUGGACAGCAGCUCCAAGAAGACCUGAUGAAAGUUCUGAAUGAGCUCUACACGGUAAUGAAGACCUACCAUAUGUACAAUGCUGACAGCAUCAGUGCCCAAAGCAAGCUGAAAGAGGCAGAGAAGCAAGAAGAAAAACAGAUUGGUAAGUCUGUGAAGCAGGAGGAAAAGCAAACUCCACGCUCCCCUGAUUCAGCCUCCAGCGUCAAGUUUGAAGAAAAGCAUGUCCGACGGAGCUCAGUCAAGAAGAUUGAGAAAAUGAAAGAGAAGCGCCAAGCAAAAUACACAGAAAAUAAACUGAAGGCUAUUAAGGCAAGGAAUGAAUAUCUGCUGGCUCUGGAAGCCACCAAUGCAUCUGUAUUCAAGUAUUAUAUCCAUGACCUGUCAGACCUCAUUGAUAAAUUGAAGGAAUAUCUGGAAGGGAGGAAUCUCAUCACCAAGCUCCAGGCCAAGCAUGACCUCCUCCAGAAGACUUUGGGAGAAAGUCAAAGGACUGACUGCUCUCUUGCGAGCAGACGCAGUUCUACUAUAAGAAAGCAGGAUUCCAGCCAUGCAAUUCCUUUGGUGGUAGAAAGCUGUAUACGUUUCAUUAGCAGACAUGGACUUCAGCAUGAAGGAAUAUUCAGGGUAUCUGGAUCUCAGGUUGAAGUGAAUGAUAUAAAAAAUGCAUUUGAGAGAGGGGAGGAUCCACUGGCUGGAGACCAAAAUGACCAUGAUAUGGAUUCAAUAGCGGGUGUCCUAAAGCUCUAUUUUCGUGGGCUAGAACAUCCCCUCUUCCCCAAGGAAAUCUUUCAUGACCUGAUUGCCUGUGUCACAAUGGACAACCUGCAAGAGAGAGCUCUGCACAUCCGAAAAGUCCUGCUUACAUUGCCUAAAACCACAUUGAUUGUAAUGAGAUACCUCUUUGCAUUCCUCAGCCAUUUAUCUCAGUUCAGUGAAGAGAACAUGAUGGACCCCUAUAAUUUAGCCAUCUGCUUUGGACCCACUCUGAUGUCCGUGCCUGAAGGCCAUGAUCAGGUCUCUUGCCAAGCUCACGUUAAUGAGCUCAUCAAAACUAUAAUCAUACAACAUGAGAAUGUCUUCCCAGGAGCAAGAGAGAUGGAGGGACCUAUAUACGCCAGGGGUGGAAGCACUGAGGAUUACUGUGAAAGCCCUCAUGGAGAGACUGUCUCUACAGAAGAUGCCACUCAGGAUAUAACUAUUGAACACCAUACAAGUGAUGAUGAAUGUGAACCCAUUGAAGCAAUAGCCAAAUUUGACUACUCGGGCAGAACAGCACGCGAGCUUUCUUUCAAAAAGGGGGCUUCCCUCCUGCUUUAUCACCGGGCUUCUGACGACUGGUGGGAAGGCCGUCACAAUGGCAUUGACGGUUUGAUCCCUCAUCAAUACAUUGUUGUCCAGGACACUGAGGAUGGGAUGUCUGAAAGAUCAAGCCCAAAAUCUGAAGUAGAAAUAAAUUCCGAGCCACCUGAAGAAAAAGUGACAGCCAGAGCUGGUUCAAAUUGUCCAAGCGGCAGCCAUGUGGCUGACAUUUAUCUUGCAAAUAUCAAUAAACAAAGAAAGAAGCCUGAGUCAGGGAGUAUACGAAGAGCAUUCCGUCAGAGUGACAGCCAUGGAUUACCCAGCUCACUGGGGGAACCCACACCAUCUGGAGCUAUAGCUAGUCCUCGUCCUUCCUCACAACCCAUUAUGAGCCAAAGCCUCCCGAAAGAUGUACCAGUCCCAGAUGCAUGCUCCAUCAGCGGCCAUGGGAGCCUCAAUUCUCUCAGUCGGCAUGCCUCUCUGAAGAACAGAAUAGAUAGCCCCCAUAUCCGGAAGAACGUGACUGCAGGAAGGUCAAAGAGCUUUAAUAACCACCGACCCAUGGAUCCUGAAGUCAUUGCACAGGAUAUUGAAGCUACUAUGAAUUCUGCUCUGAAUGAGUUGCGGGAGCUAGAAAGGCAAAGCAAUGUGAAACACACACCAGAUGUUGUUCUUGAUACGCUGGAGCCAAUGAAAAUGUCCCCUGUAGUUGCACCCACCUCUGAGCCUUCCAGCCCUUUGCAUACUCAAAUCCUCAAGGACCCAGAACCAGCCUUUCAGCGGAGUGCCAGCAUGGCAAGUGACAUUCCCUGUGCCUUCAGGCCAGCAAAAUCUGUCAAAAUGGCUGCCCAGGUCAAACCUCCAGCCACUAGGCCAAAGCCAGCAGUUUUCCCCAAAACAAACUCCUCAAGUGCUGCAGUUGCCUCAGCUUCUCAACAGUCUACUGACAAGUCUUGUACUGUGUAAAACUGAAAAGCCUACUGUGAAUACAGCAUUUUUGUUUCAGCUUAGGGAACUCUGUUAAGGAGACCUUACAAUUUCUAUUUAAUUAGUAUUGAACUUCUACUAAAGAUUAGUUCAUAAGUUACUGGUGCCAGGAAUGUUCUCACCAAGAAAGAUCCAGCUAAUUAAGCCUCGCGUUACACCACCCUAGCAUUUACUAGGGUGUCAAAAGUCUGUGUAACCUGAGACAGAAAGCCUGAGGUCCUUUUGAAAUCAAUGAGGGAAAGGCACAAUUAAUUAGCUUAUUACUGGUAACUAAUCAAUGCCUUGUUCAAGUGUCUGGUCGCUGGGAGACUUUUCAAUGAUCACAUGACUUGGAAAUUGGUAGAAAGGAUUUUCUUGCUUCAACCACUACAGGGAAAACAAUAAGGUGUUUGUUAUUGAUGGAUGCUUUUGUUGCCACUGGCUAAGUGAGUUUUGCGCAUGACUACAGUCCUCAAUAGUGCUACAAGAUGUAUUAAUUUUCCAUUCUCUUUGGUCUCUUUUCAGCAUACCCAUUCUCAAACACUAGGUUCAGUGUUUUCAAUCCUAGGUUGAAAAUCCUUAUGAAAUGUGCCUGGAAAGCCUAGUCCUGGGCUAAUAAGGCAUGUUUAUAUUCAGACAUAUAUGUUCAUUUAAAGUUAAACUAAUCAUAUGGAAGAAGUACAAAGUAUGAGAUAUUGCACACUUCCUAUUUACUGUAUAUAUUUCCGUGGUGCUUCCAGAACAUAAGGAAACCCAAAUAUUUCAGAAUGAAAUUUCAAUUAAAUAGCCUUUUUUCAUGGGAACUCAGCAGAGAAACUGAAGAAAUGUUAAAAAUUUAAACAAGCUGUUACAGUUCAUUUUGUUGUUCUCACUCUCUCUCUCACCCUCCUUAUCUUUCUUUGAUUUAGUCUUCUAUGUGUUUGAGAUAUAAUUGGCAGCCUAAAGUUAAGAAAAUCAACAGUCUUGAGACAGGCGUAUGUCCAGUAUGCACCAUACUUCUGGGAUAGAUUAUCCUUUCCUCAAGCAUUUUACAGAUGAUCCAGUCAAUCAGCUUAAUAUGAUAUUUUCUAUGAUUCCAACAAAUGACACAGACUUUUGUUUUCAUUUAUUGGAAAAUAAAUUCCUAUUCAAAAUAGGAUCAUCCUAAAAACAAAAGAAGCAUUUUGAAUUAAAAUGGAUUUUAUCCCACUUCUCUAAUUGUCAACUGAUGCUGAGAUAAAGAACUGAAAUGUGUUUGUUUAAUGCUCUCGGUUUCAAGUUCCAGCCUAUUUUUCUUAUAGUUAGUUUUUUAAAAUAAUUCUCUGAACAAAUUGACAGUAUUUUUUUCAGAUUAUGACUAUUAUUUAAACUGAUCUUUUACUCCCCCCCCCCCCGGUCCCCAAAAUGCUGGGCUAUUUAAUUGCCUGUAAAAAUCGUCACAAUCUCAGAGAUAAAAUCAAACCAUUUGGAUUUGGGGGAUCAUUUUCUCCCUUUUUGUGUGUCCACAUUUCCUCUACAUCUUGAAUUUUUAGACUUGAGUACUGCAGUCUGAUAAUUAACUCUCAGGAUUAGUCAGAACUCCUUCCUUCCUAUUAUGUUUCACUCAGGCAAAACUACUGGAUAUUUUAAAGUACUUUUUUUAAAGAUUACACUAUUGCUACCAAUUUUUAAGACAGAGGGAGAGAUUUUUAUUUUUACCUGUGGUGGCCAGAGGGAGGAUCAGCAUUAUGUCUCCUCUGGAGCACUGAUACUAAUAAACCCCCAAUGCCUACUGAAAAUCUCCCUUUCAUUAAGAGCACAUGAAAAGCCUUAGCACAUGGUGUGAACAGGCAUAUCUCAUUUUGCAUUUUGCAGGCAUAUCUCAUUUGGGCAACCUUGCCAAUCAAAAUAACUCAAGUAAAGAACACUUCAUUUUUACUAGGUUUAUACCAUGCUUUGUAGCCCUGGAAAGCUUCCAGUUACCCAACUGGGUUGUGUGUGGUAUGUGUGUGUGUGUGCAUUAAGAGUGUUUUUUAAUGCAGGUAAUAGUUGGCAAUUUUUGUCUAUUUAAUUGUACUUUUGGUAUAUGUUUACUCUCUCUCUCAACACUGAAUUCUCAAUUUACAAACUAUUAAGUGUCCCUCUGUUGGAAUCUAAGUGUACACAGAGAUUUAUAUUGCAUAUAUAAAUACUUAAAUCACCUAUCUUAAAACUUGGGAACAGCUUCUGCUGCACAUUCAAAAGUAUAAUGCUUUCCCCAUAUAGAUGAUGAGCAGAGUAUUGCAGAAAGAGAAAUAAUUAAGUUGGGCCACAUUGACAUGACAACCUUCAAUGAUUGUAUGUUCAUUAAUAGUCAUGGAUUUCUAUCAUUCUACUUUGGUGAAAUUUUUAAGAUACUUAGAAGUUCCUAUUUCUGCUUACACAUAGAAGAAGGUACUGAUGUUGUUCAGAGGAUAGAAGGCAUCUUAAAAGUAAUUGGCACAAUUCUAACUUUAGUGCUAAUGGCCAGAAUAGAUUAGGGUGGCACAUUAAUGUUUCUUUUGUCAGUAAUCAACAGUAUAUAUAGCGGCAACUUAUAUCUGGAAAAUCUUGUACCAGCAGAAACAGAUGAAGUACGGAAUUUUCAGCCAAGAAAGUUCAUGGCUGUUACUAUGCACAAGGUCAUGCCAUAAGCAGUGUAAUAUAAAUUAAACAGUGAUACAGAAACUUUUAUGACUAGAUGUAUUAAUAAUCCUUUUGGCUACUGUAAUAAAUCUCUGUGUAACGUAGCAAAUCAUUCUCAAUAUAAGAUGUCCACAAACGCAUCACAUUUAUCAUAUUUUAUAGCCAAAUUCAGUUAAAAUUAGAAAACAAUUCCCAUCAAACUUAGUAGCAUUUCGUGCAAAGUAAACAUAGUAUUAUCUUAUGUUUUAUGGGCAACACAAGUUGCCCAUAAAAUCUUUUAUGGAAUUGGAACGUGUAGGUUUGCGCUAUUUUUAGUUAAAAUAUUCCUGAAUUUUAAAGCCAAACGUUGACAACUGGAACCAUGUUUUUUAAGUCAUGUCUUGUAUGAAAGUAUCACCUGAUAAACUUAUGAAAGUAAUUAAGCAGACAUUUGAAAGAAAGGCAGCUAGCUGUUAGUUUUCUGAGCAGAAUUCUGAACACUAAAAUAAUGCUCUUUUUGCCACUCAUACUGUGGAAAACCCUGGAGAAUGCUGGUACUGUGAGCAUGAAAUAUCAUAGGGUUUUGUUGUUGUUUUUUACAAUUCUUCAUUUGAAUAUUGUUCUAUUGAGGUAAUAGAUUUCGCCUAACAUAGAGAGUAGAGCAGGCAAAGCAGGAACUUUUCCAGUUUUGCCCCUUCAAGAAUAGGCAACAUAAUGAACCCCUAGAACAGUGAUGGCUAACCUUUUUGUUGUCACGUGAUGAAAGCACGCACAGGCCCGCAACAGGGCGCACGCACACUGGCCCACACCCAUAAUGCAAUGUGUGCACGACUCCCCUGCGUGCCACUUCCCCCUGCAUGCACGCACAACCUGUGCAUGCACACGUGACCAUCCCUCUGUACAUGCAUGCCCCGCCCGCCCAUUUUUUGCUUCCAGGUUGGUGCAGGAGGUCUUCCAGGCCCAAAAUGGGGUGCAACAAGACCAGCUGGCUGG